AUGGACGAUCCACGAAACCCCAUGAACAUGCCUGCAUGGCGGAAAUGGGCUUGUGCAGGAGCAUUGGGAGCCAUGACCUUUGCAGCGACAUUCUCCAGCUCGGUCUUCAACGCAGCAAUACCAGUCACUGCACGAGAGUUUGGCGUCUCAAUCGAGACAAUGUCACUCGCAACGGCGCUGUUCGUCUUCGGCUUCGCAACAGGGCCUAUCGUCAUGGGACCAGCCUCUGAGGUGUUUGGCCGCAAGUCGCCUUUCUUCUUGGGAUAUCUGGCUUUCGUUCUUCUCCAGAUCCCAGUGGCACUCGGCAAGGAUGCCACGACUGUUCUGGUCUUCCGGUUUCUGUCGGGCGUUGCUUCGGCGGGAUCACCAGCUAUCGUGGGAGGCUACCUCGCAGACUUCAUGGCGCCUCUUGAGCGCGGUAUCGCGGUAGCCAUCUUUGCAGCUACUACGCUGCUAGGCCCAGAAGUUGGAGCCAUCGUUGGCGCUGUGGUCGUGCAGAGCUCUCUCGGCUGGCGGUGGACUGCUUGGAUAUCGCUCAUUCUGUCUGGAGUGUUCAGCUUCAUUGGAUUCUUCCUGUUGCCAGAGACGUACAUGCCUGUCCUCGAGAAGAGGCGGGCGCAAGAGCUUCGUCUGGAGACCAAGCAGUGGGCGCUACACUCGCGGCUGGACGAGACCCCCGUCAGUCUCAAGGACUUUGCAACCCGCUACAUGACGAGACCAGCCAUCAUGCUCAGCGUUGAGCCCAUCCUUGCGCUCAUGACUCUAUACAUCUCGUUCGUAUUCGGCCUCGUCUAUCUUCUGUUCGUCGCGUACCCGAUCAGCUUCGUGCAACAACGCGGAUUCUCACUCACCGCCGGCACCCUCCCCCUGCUUGCAGUCUGUGUCGGCAUCAUUAUCGGUGCGACAUAUGUUACCAACUACUCGUACACCACCCUUCGUGCCAAGGCCAUGAAGAAUGGCAAGUUGGAGCCAGAAGACCGUCUUCCUCCCAUGAUAGUUGGAGCGGUCUGGUUGACCAUCGGCCUGUUCUGGUUCGCCUGGACAUCGAUGCCAAACAUCAACCCGUGGCCUCAAAUCCUCAGCGGCGUGCCAUUGGGGUUUGGAAUCCAGGUAAUCUCGCUCCAGUCGCUGGCAUACCUAAUCGACAUCUAUCUCACGAGCGCGAACUCUGCCAUUUCGGGCACAGUCAUAGUGCGGUCGCUUGUCGGCGGUCUUUUCCCUUUGUUCGCCCCAGCGUUGUAUGGCAGACUCCAUGUGUUCUGGGCGACGACCUUGCUCGGCUGCUGUGCAUUGGCGCUGACACCAAUCCCCAUCGUCUUCUAUAUUUACGGUGCUCGUAUCAGGUCGCAUGGCAGAUACACUAGAAAAGCAUAG